UCCACAGAAGAGACGGACACUGAGGGAUGUGAAGAAAAGAGACCGGACACCAAAAGCAAAAAGGUCACUGUCCAAAGCAUGUGAAGGGACACCAUCCAAGAAGAUAGAGUCACUGGUUAGCACAAUGUGGAAAAAAGAAGCCAUUACCGCUGAAAUUUCAGAACUCAGACGAAAAAUUUGUGAGCAGAUUCACCUACUACCACUGAAUUCCAAUGAAGACACAAUAAGAGUGCUUUCCCUAUACUUCACCCCACCCCAAUUGGCCAUCCUUUCAAGUGCCAUAAACCAUGUGCCUGCUAACUUCUUAAACAGCACAAUGUUGAUUUUAAAUAUAUGCAUGGCAUCUCCCUUUUUUAAGGAUAUUCCUCCUGCGACCUUAAAUCAUGUAAUACCAGUUCUGAAGAAUUGCGAGAACUACAUCCAGUUUUGGAGGGAGAACCCACAAGACAUUUCCGGAAUUUUAUGGCAGGCUUCUCAAGACUGGAAGGAACCUUAUCUAAAAUUUGUAAACCCACCUGUUCAACAGUGUGUUGAAUGUGGUGAAACUUUAUAUCCAUAUUCCCCGGUGGGUAUUUUUACCGCCGGACACCGCCAGACACAGCCGAACACCGCCGACCACCAAAAAUAUUAUGUAUAUAUUAAAAUAAAUCCCCAAAACAGACCUUAUGUGAAUAAUUCAACGUAUUUCAUUCAUAUAAUGAACUUAUAUGUAUUAAUAAUGUGACAGAAUACUGUAAAAGUUAUGUACAACCACCGCCGAACAUCUGUAUACUACCGCCGAACACCUAAGAUGUGCUUUAUAGUAUGAAAGGUGGGUAUCAUGACUCUUGUAACAAAUAUCACAAAUAAUUUAUGAUGUUUUUAGCAUUUUAUAAAACCUAAAAAUAGGAAAAUGCAACAAAUUUCAUGUGUAACCAGGCCUUUUUUGGGAAAUAUAUCGGACUACAGUUUAGCGUUUGACUCCGAUCCCGAUCAAAUUUAAGCACAUUGCUGAUCACCAAAUAUAAACGAGUACAAUGAAAAAAAAUGAAUAAAUAAAAUAAUUAAAUAAAUAAAUGUCUAUUUCAAUAAUUCAAUGUAUCGUUUGUGUUUGUAUCAAUAACUGUAAAGUUUAUGUAUAUGUAGCUACCGCCGAACACUUGCUCUCCACCUCCGAACACUUUUUCUUUAUCUAAACUGCCCUGUUGAUACAAGUAGACUACCCAUUUACUUUCUUAUAAUGUGUUUAGUAAUCCCAUAAAUUUCAGUAGGAUAUAUUUACUGGUUUAAAAGUUAUGUCAUAAAAGAACAUGUAAAAAAAAAGUGUCCCGCGGAGUGUAACCCUUUUUUGUGACAUUUUAUGCAAACUACAAAAUGCACUGUCUGUUCUACUCUUACACGAUACACUUGUAACAAUUUGGAGAGAAAAAAUAUUUUCUUUUUCAUCAAUAUCAUUAACUAUAGUUAUUUGUCUUUUUUAUUUUUUGGUUGACAUACUAGCUGUUAUUAGAAUAUUUCAAAAUUUUAUAUGUCUUCGUUUAUCUUAAUUUGAAUUUGACUCCACUUUUUGGCACACUGUUUUUCCCUAUAAUAGCUCUAAAACUUCAUUGUUAUUUCGGAUUUCAAACAUUUCGGAUGAGCAUCACUGAAGAGACAUUAUUUGUCGAAAUGCGCAUCUGGUGCAUCAAAAUUGGUACCGUAUAAGUUUUACAUUAAUACAACUUUGAAUAAUCAAACUUAGAUCUAGGUACAAUAUGGUCAUUUAUUAAUUAUAAUGAUUCAGCGAAGUUGAAAAAAAUAAAUAAAUAAAUAACCCGGCCAACAGCAGUCAUUUUUUUUUUUAAAUCACCCUUAUGCAGCCACUGUCGAACACUUGUAGACUGUUAAUAAAAUUGCUGAUCACCAAAUAAUGUGUUAUAUAUAUAUAUAUAUAUAUAUAUAUAUAUAUAUAAACUGAGUACCAAAAAAAAAUAUUAUUUAAAUAAUCCAAUGCAUCUUAUUUAUUUGUAUCGAAAACUGUACAGCCACCGUCAAACAUCUGUAGACUACCGCCGAACACGUAAGAAUGUUAAUAGAAUUGCUGAUCACCAAGAAGAGAGAAAACCAUGAUAUAUUUGGUGGGUUUUUUUUGUUUUUUGUUUUGGUUAUAUGAAACCCAAGCACCUGUGAUCAUAUUGUGUUAAUAUGUAUCUUGACAAAUAUAACUUGAUCCAGUAUAUUGGAGCAUUGUCAAUGAUUAACAAAUUGGAGUUGAUUUAUUACAUAAAUAAUAGAAGUAAAAAUACAAACCAUCGAAUGAUUUAUUUUUAAAAUCCCGAGUUAAUUACAUUUGACCGAGACUUAUGUUCAAUGUACUUUGAUAGAGAUUUUCAUUUUAAAAAAAUGUUCAUCGGGAGUGUUGAACACGUGUUAAAUGCAUCUUCAAAACCAAAGUAAAUUGCAAUCAAAAAUUUCAGACAUGUUCAAAAACACAUGCAUGUGUGUGAAAGCAGUUAUUUCCACCCCCACCCCCAUAGGGAAAAAGAUAAUUCGUUGUCUUAAGAUUCUGUACGAUUAAAAAGAAUGAGCAUAUUUGAAUAACAAAAGACUAAUUGUAGGUGUAGAAUAACACUUCCAUUUCGAUGUUUCGUUCCGUUCCGUUAAGUACUAAUAUCCACACGGCUAUUGGUAUUUAGCGGAACGGAACGGAAUCCUACAAUUCCUCUGACUUUCAGAGUGAUCAAAUAAACCGAUGAAAAUGAAAGCUUCAACAAAAACAGGAGAAAAUAACGUGGCAUUAAUUUACAAUCCCAUCCCCCCAAAAAAAAAAACACAACAAGAAAAAGAAAAGAGAGAAUUCAGUGUCUUAAGAUGCGAUUGAACACGUGUGAAAAUGCGCCUUCAAAACCGAAACAAAUUGCAAUCAAAAAUUUCAAACAUGUUCAAGAACACAUGCAUGUGUGCGAAAGCAGUUAUUUCCACCCCCACCCCCAUCGGAAAAAAAGAUAAUUCGUUGUCUUAAGAUUCUGUACGAUUAAAAAGAAUGAGCAUAAUUGAAUAGCAAGUGUCUAAUUGUAGAUGUAGAAUAACUCUUGAAUUUCGAUGUUUCGUUCCGUUCCGUUAAAUACUAAUAUCCACACGGCUAUUGGUAUUUAGCGAAACGGAACGGAACCAGCGCAGAAACUAUCCAUUUUAUAUCAGUAAUAAAUGCAAAUCUAAAAUUAAGCAUAGUUUAUACAUUAACUACAGAUAUCAACGCAGAAGUAAAGGUCAGAUGAUUGAACACAAUUGUAUAUUUAAAAAAUACAACUUUAAAUCCUGGUAUUCUGUUUUACAAAUCUCUACUUCUCUUAGGCCAGCAUCAAUGGACACAAUUAUGUAUAUAACUAGAAGAUUAAAGUCCAGUAUUUUAUUUUUACAACCAAAUUUGUUUUACAGUGGAUUCUCCCUUAGGGUACCCCACAAUCGGUUCCGUUCCGUUCCACAAAGUACCAAUAGCCGUUGCUUCUAAUCAUAUACGCUAUCGAUUAUCAAAAUUUUUCAUUUCUAUAUGAAAUCAUUUUUUAAUUUAGAUGCAUUAAAUAAUGAAACAACAUGAGAGAGAGAGAGAGAGAGAGAGAGACCCCUCCUCUAAAACGAAGUUACAAUGUACGUUCUUAGCCGUCUAUCUCCCUCUAGGUGGUCACGCAGUCAUGUAUUUUUUUUUUAUCAAGUCUGGAGUAGAUCCACAGCUACUUCAACAACAUGAUUUAUACUUUUAUUUAAGUUAUAAUAAUAAUAAUGUGCGGCAUUAUAGUUGUUAUUUGUCAAUAGUUUUUGUCCAACUUCGUCAUUGUCUCGUCUUGGUAGAUUGACAAAAGAUUCUUUAUAUUAUUUGAAACGCAUGCUCUAUUUCGUGCUUAAUUUUUUUUUUAUCAUAACUUAUUUUUAAUUUAAACAUAUUUUAUUGAGAAACUCAACAGGAUUGGGCAACAGGUAGAGCCUAUGUUGAUGUUAUUAUUGUAAUAUAUGUUCUUUGUAACCUAUCAGCAGUACUGCUUUUGGUAGUAAAUAAUACAAUACUUGUAUGGAUAAUUUCUUCAUUUAUUUUUAUUUUGUUUUUGAUAUUAGUUCCUCAUCUUUCCUUUGAUCUUUUUACAUAUAUACAAACGUCUGGCCUUAGAGACUUUGUAUACUUCUUGUACAUGUAUGUUGUAUGUGUAUUGUACAGUCCAAUUAAAAUUAGCCCUAUGUUCUAUUUGUUUUAAUAAAACGUAGGGGCUAAUUCUAAAAUAAUACCAGUGAAGUCGUUUCGAUUUUUUUUAAAAUUUACAACAACAAAAAAUGCCCCCGUGAAACAAAUUUCAAAGCGACAGUUUUUUUAGAGGAAAACUCGAAGAACAUGUUCAUGCUAAAUUUAUUUUGUUUCACGGAUGCAGUUUUUCUGAAAUUCGGGGAUAUCCCACCAUUUUAACGCUAAACAUUAUAUGAAUCGCUUAUAGCUUGAUUUAAACUCGAAAUAUUUUGGCUAAUUUUGUCAAUACAUGUCUUUCAAACUUAUUUUCAAAAAUUAUUGAAUCAAGACAUAUGUUCCAAUUUCUUUUAUCAUAUAAAGUGUAUUGAAUAACUUAAAUUUGUCGAUCUUUCAUGCAACACCUUAAGGGAAAUUAACAUGAGACGUGCAACACCUUCUUUGUUUCAUUUUCCUAUUUUUAGGAAAACAAAAAUGCUAAAAACAUCAUAAAUUAUUUGUGAUAUUUCUUACAAGAAUUAUGAUACCCACAUUUCAUACUAUAAAGCACAUCUUAGGUGUUCGGCGGUAGUAUACAGAUGUUCGGCGGUGGUUGUACAUGUACAUAUAACUUUACAGUAUCUUAUCACAUUAUUAAUGCAUGUAAGUUCAUGAUGUGAAUUAAAUACGUUGAAUUAUUCACAUAUUCGGUGCAUUUUUUCCUGGAACAUGUGGAGUGACUGUUUUAUGAACAGGUUAGGCCUACUUCUGAGAUGCAUAAAGAGUUCAAUUUUGAUAUCAAUUCACGGAUAGACAUGAGAUGUUGCAAACAUUAUCUUAUUUUCUUAUCAGCGUGUAAAGUAUUCCUUUAUUUGCUUCAAUCUUUAAAUGAUAACAUUAUAUAAUAGAUUCACAUUAUACCACCACCAAACACUGAUUCAAAAGAUAUAGACCGGGAUACACCGUGUUUUCAUUUCUAGUCGAAGUCCAAAAUUGCUACAAAAUCAUCGUGAAUAAUUCGUGAAAUUUAUUGCAAGAAUCAUGAUACACACUUCUCAGACUGUAAAUAACAUUUUAUUAACAUUCUUAAGUGUUCGGUGGUAGUAUUCAGAUGUUCGGCGGUGGGCAGCAAGUGUUCCGCGGUAGUUACAUAUACAUAAACUUUACAGUUAUUGAUACAAACACAAACGAUACAUUGAAUUAUUGAAAUAGACAUUUAUUUAUUUUAUUUAUUGAAUUAUUUUAUUUAUUUAUUUAUUCAUUUUUUUCAUUGUACUCGUUUAUAUUUGGUGAUCAGCAAUGUGCUUAAAUUUGAUCGGGAUCGGGAUCGGAGUCAAACGCUAAACUGUAGCUGUAGUCUGAUAUAUUUCCAAAAAAAGGCCUGGUUACACAUGAAAUUUGUUGCAUUUUCCUAUUUUUAGGUUUUAUAAAAUGCUAAAAACAUCAUAAAUUAUUUGUGAUAUUUGUUACAAGAGUCAUGAUACCCACCUUUCAUACUAUAAAGCACAUCUUAGGUGUUCGGCGGUAGUAUACAGAUGUUCGGCGGUGGUUGUACAUAACUUUUACAGUAUUCUGUCACAUUAUUAAUACAUAUAAGUUCAUUAUAUGAAUGAAAUACGUUGAAUUAUUCAAUAAGGUCUGUUUUGGGGAUUUAUUUUAAUAUAUACAUAAUAUUUUUGGUGGUCGGCGGUGUUCGGCUGUGUCUGGCGGUGUCCGGCGGUAAAAAUACCCACCCCAUAUUCCCGAAUUUGUGUGACAUUUUACAGUCUUGGUGGACCUAUUCCUGGCCAGCGAGGCAUUUCAAAAUGCAAAAAAUGCAGAAUUUAUUACCAUUUAACUGGUUAUGUAGUUCCUAAUCGAGGGAAAAUGUUUUAUGCUGAGCCCAUAACAUGUGACUGGAAAUGUGCCAGUAAUAAAGUCUUCUUCGAUAAAGAUCUGCAUGAAUUUAUGUGCGAGUCCAGCAAUCACGCCUUUGUAUCACACCAAGCUUUUGCAGAAAUAUACAAUUGUGUAUACUCAGACAGUCACCCGGACACAGCACAAUUCUAUGCGUGGAAGGACCAAAUGAUGUCAGCAGGAGUUGGAGAUUGCAGAACUCAUUCCUUGCACACAGGAAGACAAUGUCAAUGAUACCCUGAACAGCGAUGAGGGUGAUAUUACAAUUGAAGAAACACAGUCACUUCAAGUAGCUUCUGUGGCUGAGGACCACUCAACUGGACUAAGUCUCCAGGUAACCAUGACAAGGAAAAAUGCUGCUGCUGCAUAUUUUAAUGGAGAGAUAGCAAAUGAAGUCAGAGAAAGAGGGCUGUUUGAUAUCUAUAUCACAAAGAAUAAGACAAGAGAAGAUUUGAUGAAGCAGAUAGACAGCAUUCGAAAAGAGGAAUUAUAUGAACACAGAGAGGAAGACUGUUCACCUCUAUGCAAAAGCAAGGGAUGCAACAAUCUCCGUGUGAUUGACAGUUGCUGGAAGUUUCUAAAUGCUGCAGGGCGUUACGAUUUAAUGGAGACAGUCCUCAACUACAUUAAAGAUGUCCUUAUUCCAUAUUAUAAGGAAAUUAUAAACCCCAGCAUCAGGGAUGUUGCAGAUACACCAACAUCUAAUUUGAUGAAGACUCUUUUGAACAUCUGCACAUCACAGCAAGGGAAUGGUGUUACCACCAUCGUUAAUUCGACACUUGCUGUCAAGAGUGACAGCAUUAAAGACCCCAGCCUUCGUAAGGAAAUUCAGGCUCUGGGAGGCAAGCUGAAUCAUUCGGUGCGACUAAAUGGAAAACUGAAAAAAUGUGUCACCAUUCCAAAGACUUCCAUGACUGAAGAGCAAUGGAAGUCAGUGGCAUCGGCUAUGUUAAAAGCAGCUGUACCACCUCCAACUACAACUGACCGGGCAGCUGUACCUCCUCCAACUACAACUGACCGGGUAGCUGUACCUCCUCCAACUACAACUGACGAGGCAGCUGUACCUCCUCCAACUACAACUGACGAGGCAGCUGUACCUCCUCCAACUACAACUGACGAGGCAGCUGUACCUCCUCCAACUACAACUGACGAGGCAGCUUUACCUGCCCAGGCAACACAUAGAACUGUCCCGCAGUUGCCUUUUCCUAUUCAGAAGUUACAGAAAAAGACAAUCACCACAUGCUUUAAUUGCAAGAAAGUUGGCUCGAAGUUUUUACACUGGGUUGCAUGUGAUGGCUGUCGAAAAUGGUACCACCGAAAAUGCACCACCUUAUCCUGCAAGGACUAUCUAAAGUUAACGGAGGAUUCUGUGUGGAAUUGUGACAUUUGCAUUGUGUAGGAUAACUGUAGUGUUUACAUGUAUUAAAGCUGAAAUGAAUUAAUAAAUAUAGUAUAAUUCUAUA